AUGGCGGCGGCGGCGGCGGCGGCAGCAGCAGCGGGGGCUGCGGGCGGUCGGGGCUCCGGGCCGGGGCGGCGGCGCCAUCUUGUGCCCGGGGCCGGUGGGGAGGCCGGGGAGGGGGCCCCGGGGGGCGCAGGGGACUACGGGAACGGCUUGGAGUCUGAGGAACUGGAGCCUGAGGAGCUGCUGCUGGAGCCCGAGCCGGAGCCCGAGCCCGAAGAGGAGCCGCCCCGGCCCCGUGCCCCCCCGGGAGCUCCGGGCCCUGGGCCUGGCUCGGGAGCCCCCGGCAGCCAGGAGGAGGAGGAGGAGCCGGGACUGGUCGAGGGUGACCCGGGGGACGGCGCCAUUGAGGACCCGGAGCUGGAAGCGAUCAAAGCUCGAGUCAGGGAGAUGGAGGAAGAAGCUGAGAAGCUAAAGGAGCUACAGAACGAGGUAGAGAAGCAGAUGAAUAUGAGUCCACCUCCAGGCAAUGCUGGCCCAGUGAUCAUGUCCAUUGAGGAGAAGAUGGAGGCUGAUGCCCGUUCCAUCUAUGUUGGCAAUGUGGACUAUGGUGCAACAGCAGAAGAGCUGGAAGCACACUUUCAUGGCUGUGGUUCAGUCAACCGUGUUACUAUACUAUGUGACAAAUUUAGUGGCCAUCCCAAAGGGUUUGCAUAUAUAGAGUUCUCAGACAAAGAGUCAGUGAGGACUUCCUUGGCCUUAGAUGAGUCCCUAUUUAGAGGAAGACAAAUCAAGGUGAUCCCAAAACGAACCAACAGACCAGGCAUCAGCACAACAGACCGGGGUUUCCCGCGAGCCCGAUACCGUGCCCGGACCACCAACUACAACAGUUCCCGCUCUCGAUUCUACAGUGGUUUUAACAGCAGGCCCCGGGGUCGCGUCUACAGGGGCCGGGCUAGAGCGACAUCAUGGUAUUCCCCUUACUAAAAAAAGUGUGUAUUAGGAGGAGAGAGAGGAAAAAAAGAGGAAAGAAGGAAAAAAAAAAAGAAUUAAAAAAAAAAAAAAAAGAAAAACAGAAGAUGACCUUGAUGGAAAAAAAUAUUAAAAAAAAAAAAAAGAUAUACUGUGGAAGGGGGGAGAAUCCCAUAACUAACUGCUGAGGAGGGACCUGCUUUGGGGAGUAAGGGAAGGCCCAGGGAGUGGGGCAGGGGGCUGCUCAUUCACUCUGGGGAUUCGCCAUGGACACGUCUCAACCGCGCAAGCUGCUCCCCCUGUUUCCCUGUCCCCCUUUGCCCCCUUGCGGGCUGCUCAAGGGUAGGUGGGCAUGGGUGGUAGGAGGGGUUUUUUUUACCCAGGGCUCUGGAAGGACACCAAACUGUUCUGCUUGUUACCUUCCCUCCAUCUUCUCCCUAGCUUUCACAGUCCCCUCCUGCCUGUUCCUGUCCUGCCAGGUCUACCACCCACCCCACCCCUCUUUUCUGGCUCCCUGCCCCUCCAGAUUGCCUGGUGAUCUGUUUUGUUUCCUUUUGUGUUUCUUUUUCUGUUUUGAGUGUCUUUCUUUGCAGGUUUCUGUAGCCGGAAGAUCUCCGAUCCGCUCCCAGCGGCUCCAGUGUAAAUUCCCCUUUCCCCUGGGGAAAUGCACUACCUUGUUUUGGGGGGUUUUGGGGUGUUUUUUGUUUUUCAGUUUUUUGUUUUGUUUUGUUUUCCUUUGCCUUUUUUUCCCUUUUGUUUGGAGGGAAUGGGAGGAAGUGGGGACAGGGAGGUGGGAGGUGGAUUUUGUUUAUUUUUUUAGCUCAUUUCCAGGGGGUGGGAGUUUUUUUUUUUAAUAUGUGUCAUGAAUAAAGUUGUUUUUGAAAAUAAAAAA